AUGUCUGAGGUUGCUAUUAUUCCUAGUCCUGCAACUUCCAUAAUGACUGACAAAGAUAGAAAGCGACGACCAGAAGAGUCUGACAAGUCUUCUGUGUCAUUCUCUGCAUCAACCAUCCCCAGCCCUCGCCACUGCUUGGUAAUUGAAAGCACAGAUUUCAGCCAAUCAGCAUCGGCCCUACAAAAUUGGCCAAUCAGCAUCGGCCCUUCAAAAUCGGCCAAUCAGCAUCGGCCCUUCAAAAUCAGCCAAUCAGCAUCGGCCCUUCAAAAUCAGCCAAUCAGCAUCGGCCCUUCAAAAUCGGCCAAUCAGAAUCGGCCCUGCAGCAUGGAGCAGGAUCUGACCUGCGGCGUGUGUUCGGAGUUGUACUCGGAGGGUCAGCGAGAGCCCGUGUUGCUGCCCAACUGCGGCCACUGCUUCUGCCGCCCCUGCCUCCUCAGCCUCGAGAAGAGCGGCUGCCUGGAGUGUCCCUUCUGCAGGAGAAUUAAUGAUAGCGUUCCCGUGCUGCAGCUUCCGGUGGUGUUCGCUCUCCUUGGGCUCAGCAAGUACUUCCGGCGUUCAAAGUACGGCCCGUGCGGCGUCCAUGGCUCCGUCCUGGAGUUCUGGUGCCGGAGGUGCCAGUCCGGCCUGUGUGGCCGCUGCCUGUUCGAGGGCCACGACCAGCGAUACGUCGUCCAGAUGGAGUUGAUCAUCGAGGAGAAGAAGUCCCUGGUGCAGAGGAGAGGCCUGCUGAAGCUCGGCCGCAUUAAUUCCAAGAAGGCAGAGGCGAUGGAGAGGGUGACGGAGGGCCUCUUCCGCCUGGCCGCCGUGUGCCUGGAGGCCGAGGCUCUGAGCACCGCGGAGCGAGCCACCAAACAGGCGAUGGACGAUGCCCAGAACGCCCUCGACGUGGACUCAGUCCUGCAAUGCCUUCAGCGCCUGGAGCAACGGCACGAGGGCAGGGAUGACUCACCUUCUGCCUCUGGGAGUCCGUGCAAAGCUUCCGUCCUACAAGGAAAAGAAGAACAGGAGAAGUUAGAAAGAGUCGAGCAUGGCAACACAACGGUUCGAAGAGGGAUUCGAAGGCUCCACAGGAACAGCAGAUCAAUUUCUCUAGAUGACCGGCAAGGCCUAAAUAACUUCAACAUAAUUAAAUGCGAUAGGCACAAAGUGCUGAGCGGCGGCCAGGACCAGCGGACGGAGGCGGAUAAGUGCAACAGAAGCCUGAACAGAACAAGCAGCACUCCGGCGAAUGAAGAGGUGAUUCCACCAGACCCUGAUUUUGCUCCAGAAGAAGGGGGAGGGGCCACGAGUACAUCGCCGCCCGUGGCUGUAUCAGAAAUUGCGGCAGACACGCCGACGCGGUCUCUGAGAUGCUUCGCCCUCAGCGAUGAUGGGCGUCAGGCGAGACUGAGGUGGGAAGGUGGAAGGCUGCACAUGUACGCUCUUUCGUCGCGCUGCGAUGAGCCUCAACUCACGCUGCAGCUGUCUGUCGUGGAGUGCAUCCUACAGGAGUCGCCCGAAGUGUUCCUUGACUUGUGCGCUGAGGGGCGUCGCCUCGGCCGCAUCUACAUCCGGCUCUGGGGCCACCUCCGCCGGGCUCGCCACUUCCUGGCCUUGUGCCUGGGCUCGCUCGGCCCGUCCUUCAGGGGCUCCAAGUUCAGCAAGGUGGAGAGCAAAGACAAAGCCGGGGAAUGCCUCCGCGUCAGCCACUACAUUAGCGCAGAGGGCACGAUGAGCGCCAUGGGCCUGAUGGAGGGCCUCGAGUGGGGAGGAGACCACUGCCUGCCGAAGAGGGCCGGGCUGGUGGUGGCGGCCAGCGGGGGGAAGCUGGAGUACGACGGCUGCUUCGACAUCUGCACGCGAGACCACCCGGCCAAGAAGUUCUCGUGCCCCUUCGGAGAGGUGGCGGGCGGCGCGGAGGGCAUGGAGGUGGUGAGGGAGGCCGCCAGACACGAGCCCGUGACGGAGGUCUCCAUCAGUGAGGUCGGCGUCGUCCUCACAGACCAGCAGCACUGUGAACACGUGUGAUUCUCCGCCCUCAGUCUUCACCACACACACACGCCUCCAAGUAGCGAAGAUGGACAGGAAAACACAUAUUUGCUUCUCGCAUCACGCCUUUUAAUGUUUAUACACAAGUUAGGACUGAAGAAAAGCAGACCUAUGAGAAGUCGAAAUAAAAUCACAUGAAUGAUAUGAAAUGGCAAAGACUGACAAAGUGUCAUUUUGAAAAUGUUGAUCUAAAGAGAGAAAAGACUUUCGUAGCAAACUAAAAUAGAUCUUCCCCAAAGUAACCUAAGUGGACUGACCUUUGAUAAGAAGCCGGCUUGAUGGUCGACGUCCGGCCUUAGUUUUCCAGCCUUAUGUCGAAACUGACAUAUGGUAUUCCUUUGUUCUCUUCGUCCGCUCGAAAGGACAGGCUGUUUGUAUACAUAUAUAUGAUGUACUGUAGCGUCGUAUAUUAGAUUUUGAUAUUAUGAUUACGCUUUGUAUAUUAAUAUUUAUUGUGCUGUUGUUUAUAUUAUUAUGUUUUGCAUGAUAACGUCACGAAAGUAGCUGAGGCAUUUCCUUUUUACAAAAAAGUACAAUCUUUUCCGGUUCUUGACAGAAUGCCUAGUAAUAGCGCUUAUGUUGCUCAUUUAAGACCUGCCGU